AUGGCAUCUUCCGGCAAGGAUGAACGCAGCAACAGUUCUAUCGACAGCGAAAGCACUAUGACCUCCAGCGAAAUGGAACAUCAUGAAGACUCGCGUUUAGUGGAAGAAGUGUACCAGGAACGGCGUAGGGAGUUGCUGCUUGAGAUUGAAGCCGUGCGCAAACGCAAACAUCCAAUGUUUCUGCAGCGCUUGGCGGUGUUGAAGAAGCAGUUUAUCGACCAGUUGGAGCAGAAUGUGUACGCGAGGAAUCACGAGUUGGAGUGCAACGAACGAGACUACCGUCGGGAGGUGGUUGCUGCCGAACAGGAGUUCGCACAGGGCAAGCUUCAACUCGAGCAGGACCUGCUGGCACAGAGGCAAGCUAUCCGGCAGGAAAUCGACAACAUGAAGCUAGAUUCCAGGGAGGUGAAUUUGCGACAGCUGCGCUAUCGAUCACGACCACCGGAAACGUGCGCUAGCCUCUGUAAGAUAUCGUCCUUGCGGAUUGAACUUUCGCAAGGUGAGAUUGCGGCCGACCUAGCGGAGAUAACUGGCGGAAGUAACGUGACUAAAGCACCACACGCCGCAGGAGCGUGCCAAUCGGCUGGAUCCACUCUACCGCUGUACCACGUCGUGAAUGGAAAGCUGUGGCAUAAACAAAGCUGUUUCGCGUACGGUACUCCGGUGUACGUCCAGGGAAUAGCCAUGGUUCCAUAUCCAGGCGUCAUUUCGGGUGUGUUUUUGCAGGGAGUCACCAUCAAAAGCUUGAACAGACAGAUCGAGGAACUGAUUUUUCUAGAACACCUCAACAAGGGCGUAAUUUCACUCACUUUGCGCGCGAACUAG